AUGUAAAUUUAAGAAAAUUUAUAUAAUUGGCUUUGCUAACUAAGAGUACUACCAUAAGAUGGAAAAAAGUAUGCAGAUAAAGUAGAGAUAAGCAAGACAUCUUUAGGAUAACUAGAAAGUGGAAUAGCUUUUGGUUAAUUGUUAAAAGAAAUUGUGAAGUUACGAAAUAGGUUGGUUUAUUAAGAUUUAAAAGGCCUUCCACUCCUUUAGCUAAAUUAGAUACACUUAAAGACAAUUAACAAAAAUCAUCGAUCCUAUAUAAUUGGAAAAUACUUUGUGAAGAGUACUAGAAGGUGGAUAUCAUGAUUGAUUAGGAUACUAAAGCAUUAAUAUUAGGAGGUGACAAAGAAAUGAUUCAUUAAUUACUUUUAGAAAUCUAUGAUAAGAAUUAUAGAGGAUAAUAAAAAUCUCAUUUACUUGAUGAUUCUCAAUUAAGUUUAGAUGGAGCAACUAAGAUUUUGGCUACUAAUAAAAUUUCAUAAGGUAUGCAUUUAUAAAUAAUGCAGCAAAUCAGUAAGUGGAUCUCUCAAAAUUAGAUCCAAAAAAGGACUUAAAUAAGACGUAAAACUGUUUGGAAUUUUUUAUAAUAGCUUUAGCUAAGAAUCUAUAACUGACAAUCAAAUAAGCAGCUUCUCUUUUUACAAAUAAUAAUAAAUAUUUAGCUCAUAUUUUAGCAAAAGGUGUUAAAGGAGUAUUUGAACCAAUAGUAGCAUUCUAUAAAGAAGUCUAUGCUAAUUCAAAUUAAUUAAAUAAAUUAUUUAAUGAAGAUUCUACUAAGAAAUCAAUGAUAUUUGCAUUUCAGGUAUUUAUUAAAUAAGAUUAGUUUAGGCAUUAAAGCCAGGAAUGAUUUCAAAAUCAUAUGAUGUAGUAUAUGAGGCAGUUAGAUUAUUUACAAGGUUGGGUUCUUUAAUUCCAGUUUAAUUAAUUAGAGAAUGGUUUCUUGAAGAUUAAGGUGGGUUAUAUACAGCAUUAAUGGGAGCUAGAAGACAUCCAGAAUUAGUAAAAUUUUAGGUAGAAAUGAUACUAUAAUUUGGUCGAAACAAUUUUGUUGAAGUUUUUACAAAUGGAAUUAGACAUGUAUUAUCUGAUACUAAAGACCUCAUAAAUUCAAUAGAAUUAAUUUUUAUACCUUUAAGUUAGAAUUAAGAAUUAGUAUCAACAGGAAUUCUUCAUGAUUGGGUUACUUAAGCUAUUGGGAUUGCAGAAAAUGAAUUUAAAAAUACAGUUGACACAAGAAUUUCAGCACUUAAUUUUUUGACAGAGGUCUUAUUAGUUAAUAUAGAAUUAGAUGAAUCUCUUAUUAAUACGAUAAUUGCAUUAUUAAAAAAAGGAACAAGAGACAAAUCAUAAUCACUUUCAUUGCUUUGUUUAAAUCAUUUAUUUAAAUUAUUGAUUUAAUUUAGUAUACAAAAGAGUAAUCAAGCUCCAUUAAUAUACAAAAAGUAUUUAAAUAAAGACAUAUUUUAGUUUGACAUUAGCUUUGAUAGAGAAUCAUGAUAAUUAAUAAAUAAGAGAAUUUAUUUUAAAUAAUUUUAUAUAGGUAUUUUAAACAAUGGAAGAUAUACCAUUAAAUUUAGUAUUGGAAAAUUUAAUAAAAUAAUUAUAAACAUCAGAAGGAGUUACUUAUAUUUUGAAUAUAUUUGAUAUGCAUUUUUUUAUGUUCAUAUCAAAUAUGAAUAUUGGAAUUAAAAAUGCUAUUUAAUUACUUGAUUUUUUAGCUAAAAUAUUUCUUAAUAAUUUAGUCUAUUAAAGUAUAGCUUCUGAAAUUAUAAUUAAUGUCUUAUCUAAAAAUGUUGAAAAUUAAACAAUGUAAGAGUUUAUUUUAAAAUUUAUCAAAAUUGCUUUGGCUAUGUUAUUUGCUUCUGAGAAAAAAAAAUAAGGUAAAGAUCCUAUAAGUGCUUAAAAGAGAAAUUAAAUUAUAUAGAUAAUAAAGACUAUUGUUUAAUUUUAAUAGCAUUAAAUGAAUGAGAAGAUUAAACCUUUGGUUGCUCAUACAAAUAUUUAAAUCAAAUAAUUUAGUAAAAGAAAUUCAAAAGGAUUAUUGGCUAUAUUGGAAUUAUUUGGAAAUGCUGAAAGAAUAAUAGAAUAAUAUGAAAUUGAAUAUAGAGAAUAAUAAAUGAAUCAAUUACAAAAUUCAAUUGAUGAAGAUGAUUAACUUAUGCCUUAUAAUUAAAAAUCUAUUGGUUCAAUAAAAUUAUCAAAGGAAGAAUAAUACACUUUAGCAUCAUUAAAAACUACAAGAGCAGAUCCUAAAGUUUUGGAGAAACUUGAAACAAUAAAAAAGUAAUUUGAUGAAAAAGCAAUACUAGAGGCUUAAAAAGCAGAAUAAUAUAAAGAGGCUUAAUUAAAAUAGAAAAAUAAUCUUCGUAAAUAAUUAGAAAAGAGAUCUGUUGAAUAAGGAGUGUCUAUUAUUAAAGAUAGAGAAACAAAUUUAAUAUUUAGAGAUGGUUCUAAAAAUGGAGCACCUCUUAAUAAACAUGGAUUGACUGAAUAUGAAGUUUGGGAUCUUUAAUUUGAGGAAGAUAGAGAAAGAUAUUUGGUAGAAUAAUUAUUUAGAAAAUAUCAUAAAAUAUUUAAAUAUGUGUUUUUUAAAUAUGCAAAUUCAGGUAGUAAAAUUGGGAAGCCUAAAGAUUUUGAUGAAUUGAAGGAUUAAUCUGAUACAAUUAAUGAAGCAGAAUUUUGGGCAUUUUUGAAAGAUUAUGAAUUAGUUUUUAAUGUUUCAAAAGAAUAAGUAAGAUCAUUACUUAGAUCUAUUGCAAUAUAAUUAUUGAAAUGUAAAAAUGAGUUGAGUAAUUUUAAUUAUGAAGGAUUUAAACAUAUAAUUACUUAAUAUGCUUGUAUAAUAUAUACUAAAAAGAAUAAAUAUGUUUAACCUCAUGUUUGUAUUGAAUUGAUGCUUUAAAAAAUGUAAUAAGUUACUGCAAAUAAAGGUUAGAAUACUCAAUUAUAUGAUGAUCCUGACAACAUGUAUUUUGCUUAAAAAGAUGUUAUAAAAGAAUUUAAUAAAAAAUUGGCUGAAGAUCCUAAAUAUGUAUUACCUGAAGGAUAUAAGAGUUAAAAAGAAGAAGUAGUUAAAUUUUAUCAUGUUUUUGAAAUUUAAGAUGGACACACAUUUGCUUAUCAAAUUUUGGAUGAAAUUGUUUAUAAUGUAUGUAAAUGUCAUAUAAUUGAACCAUUAACUGCUAAAGAAUUUUAAAUAAUAUGUAAACCUAAUUUAUUAGGAUAUGUGGAAUCUAAAGUAAAAUAAAAUUUAGAAAAAGAUCACUAUAUGGAAUAAAAGAAUAAAUUACUUAAGAAAAAUGCAAUUGUAGCUUAAUCUUAACCUAUUUUACCUUAAUUACCAAAAAGAAAUUUAGAAAUUGAACCAUUUAGAUAAUAUAGUUUAGGUAUCAAAUUGGAACUUGCUAAAAUACCUUUCAAUUAAGCUAAACAAAGAUCUAUUAUGGAAUAGGCUGCUGAUGUAUUAGAGGAUUUGAUUUUUGCAGUUGAAAAUAAUUAAAAAACAAUUACAAGAAAAUGGAAUAUUGUAAAUAAGGUAUAGAAAGAUAAAUAAGAUGAAAAAAAGAAGGAAGAAGAAGAGAAUAAAAAAAGAGAUGGAAAAAUAUAAAAAAAUCAUGAAGAAGCUAAACUUAGAUUAGAGUAAAUGAAAACAGAAAGAUUAGAAAAAUAAAAAGCAGAAGAGAUCUAAAAUACUACUAGAAGAGAUCUUAAAAAAAUUAAAUAGGAAGAAAAAUAAAAAGAGUAAGAAACAUAUUUAAAAUAAUAAAAAGAAAAGAUAGCAUAAAAACAAAAAGAAGAUGAAUAAGAAAGAUUGAAAAGAGAAAUAUUAGAAAAAAAACAAAGAGCAGAAGAAAUCUAAAAGAAGAAAGAGGAAUUUAAAUAAUUUAAUGAUAAAAAAAUUGAAUAAUAUGGAGAAAUAUUUAAAGCAGAAUAAUCAAAAUUAAAAAUGGCUAUGGAAGAAAGAAAAAAUUAAGAAGCAGAAUAUCAAAGAAUGCAUGAAGCUAUUUAUAAAAAUAUUGAAAAAAAAGGAGAACAAAUUAAAAUAAAAGAAAAAUCUACAAGUGAAUUAAUUCAAAAAUUAUUUAGAAAUCAGAAAUACUAAAAUAUAUUCAAUACUUAUAAUUUUAAAUUAAGUUAUCUUUAUGAAUUAUUGUAAUUAGAAUAUUAUAAAUCAAUUGAAAUGAUUGAUUUUAAGGAAAUACCUUUAAAAUUAUGGAUGUGGUUUGGAGAUAGGUUUAGAAUGUACCCAGAUAUUAUUUCAUAAAUAGAAUUCAUUCGUGUCUUCAAUGCUAUUACUUAUAGAUAAAAUGAUAUAUAAGCAUCCUUAGAUUAUGUGGAAUUUUUGGAAGCCCUUUUUAGAAUUAGUAUAAAAGGAUAUUAAUUCUUUAAUAAACUUGCUGAAAAUCUCAAAAAACCUAAAGCUCAAAAAUAAGAAGAUGAAGAUAUUUAAAAUUAAGAUUCACCUCCUUAAUCAAUAAAACGUACUUAGCAGACAAAAGAAUUCAUGCUCAAUAGAAUUAAAGAAGUUUAAAAUGAAUAAGAGAAAAGACUCUAAGCUGCUAAAAAGGAAAUAGAGGAAAAGAAAAAAAUGGAAAAAGAAGCAUUAAUUUUAGAUAAUUAUCAAGCAUUGAAUGAUAUUAUUGGAACUGAUAAUAUAACAGGAUUAAACUAUAAUGAAUAAACACUUGAGGCAUUAAUAACAUAUUUAGCAUUGCCUAAUGAUAAAACAGGAAUUGAGUUAAGAUUUAGAUAUUUAAUAGAAAUUGAAGCAAAGAAAAAACCUACAAAAGUUAGAAAAUAAGGUAAAUUAUUAUUUUUACAAUGAUUAGAGGCUUCUAAAAAAUUAGAUGAAGAUGUUACUUAAUGGAAAGAACAUAAAGUUGUUGAAUAAAAUAGAUAGCCAAUUUUUACAAGUAUAUUAAUUUAUAAAUAAUAAUGUAGAAAGAACAAAUAAAUAAAAAUAAAAUCCAAAACUUGAAGAACUUUAAGAUCCUAUAUUAAAAGAGAAUGAAAAUAAUGAUUAAGAAUAAGAAUAGGAAUAAUAAUAAUAAUAAUAAUAAUAAUAAUAAUAAUAAGAAGAAUAAUAAUAAGAAUAAUCAGAUAAUUGA